AUGACAGAUAAAGAAGAAGGAGGAAAUGGGGAACAAGAUGAUAUCUCAUUUCUUCGAACGGGUGAUAUAGUUGCGAUGACAUGCAUGGCAUCAGCAAAUCGUGAAGGUGUUCUUGGAUCAGAACGAGUAUGUCUCUGUACAGAAGGCUUUGGCAAUCGAAUGUGUAUUCUUGAAAGUGUGUCCGAUCGCGAUAUUCCACCUGAUAUGUCGAUGUGCAUGUUGUACAUAGAUAAUGCUUUAUCGAUGCGCGCUUUACAAGAGAUGAUGAGUUCGGGUAGUGCAAACGAAUUGAAAGGAGCAGGAGGUGGAGGUGGUCACAAAACACUUCUCUACGGCCAUGCUGUCCAGCUAAAACACGUACUUAGUGAAAUGUAUUUGGCUUGUUUGUCAUCAUGUUCAUCAAACGAUAAAUUGGCAUUCGACGUGGGUGUUCAAGAGAAAAAUGAUGAUGAGGCUUGUUGGUGGAUUAUACAUCCAGCGUCGAAGCAGCGAUCAGAGGGUGAGAAGGUGCGGGUCGGAGAUGACGUAAUACUUGUUUCUGUCGCUACUGAAAGAUAUUUGCAUAUGGCCCAUAACAAAGGAUAUAUGGUAAUUGCUUCAUUUCACCAAACACUUUGGAAUAUCACUUCAGUUAGCUCAGGAAGCAUUCGAGUACGAAAUAUAGGCCAUCUAUUCGGUAGUGACGUUGUGCGAUUCUUUCAUGGUAAUGAUGAAGUACUCACAAUUCCUGAGAAUUGGAGUGAAUAUCCACAGCACAACAUGGUUAUAUAUGAAGGUGGCUCCGCUGUAUCACAAGCACGAUCUUUGUGGAGAAUAGAAUUAAUACGAAUGAAGUGGCAUGGCGCAUUAAUCAACUGGGAACAUGCGUUUAGAGUUCGUCACAUUACAUCUGGAAGAUAUUUGGGUGUGUUGGAAAAUGCCGUGCAACUUUAUCAUAAGGAUAAAUCAGAUUACGAUCUGACUGCUUUUAUAAUGUGUCAAAAUAAAGAUCAGAAGAAGCAAAUGCUGGAAGAAAAAGAAGAGGAAGGAAUGGGAAUUGCAACGAUUCGUUACGGCGAAACGGACGCUUUCAUACAACAUAUUAAGACUCAGCUGUGGUUAUCAUAUCAAACAUCCGAAGUAACAAAAAAAGGCCUUGGAAAGGUUGAAGAAAAAAAAGCAGUCGCACUCAAAGAUGGUCAUAUGGAUGAUUGUUUUACAUUUUUUAUGGCUCUUGAAGAAGAAUCGAAAUCAGCGCGGGUCAUACGAAAGUGUUCAUCAGUGCUGAAUCGGUUCUUAAAAGGCAUCGAAGCUUUGCAACGAGAAGGUAAACAGUCAAAUGACUGGAUCAGAGUGGAUUUGAAAGAAGUUCUGAAACUGAUGGAAGAUCUCAUUAAAUAUUUUGCACAACCUGACGAAGCUGAUGAUUUUGAAGAAAAACAGAAUCGUCUUCGUGCAUUAAGAAGUCGUCAGGAUUUGUUCCAAGAGGAGGGAGUCUUAAACAUGAUUCUUGACACAAUAGAUAAAUUCUCCGAGAUGGAAGCUUUGCCUGAUUUUGCUGGUUUAAUUGGUGAAGAAACUCAGAUGAUGUGGGAAGAGAUAGCGACUUAUCUUUAUCUUCUAGUUGCUGCUAUGAUUAAAGGUAAUCACUAUAAUUGUGCGCAGUUUGCCGCUGCGCAAAGGCUUGAUUGGCUUUUCGGAAGACUUGCAAAUCCACAAUCUGCUGAAGGUAUUCUUGAUGUUUUGUAUUGUGUGCUAACUGAAUCACCAGAAGCAUUAAAUAUGAUUAACGAAGAUCAUAUUAAAUCAGUAAUAUCACUGCUGGAGAAAGUUGGAAGAGAUCCUAAGGUCCUUGAUGUACUUUCUUCUCUAUGUGAAGGUAAUGGAAUGGCAGUAAGAAGCAGUCAGAAUACAAUCACUAAACAUUUACUUCCUGGAAAAGACUUGCUUUUGCAAACGAAAAUGAUGGACCAUGUGAGCAGCAUGUCUCCUAAUGUACUCGUUGCUGUACAAGAAGGCAGUUCGCAAUUUCGUCGCUGGUAUUAUGAGGCGGAAGUGGAACAUAUUGAAGAAAUGACUAAGCUAAAACCUUAUUUAAGAAUUGGAUGGGCCAAUAGUCUCGGAUACAGGCCAUUUCCAGGAUCGGGUGAUGGAUGGGGUUGUAAUGGUGUGGGGGACGAUUUUUAUUCCUAUGGAUUCGACGGCAGUUGCAUUUAUUGUGCUGGUAAAGGAAAACAAGUCGGCAACCGAAAAUUGCAGAAAGGUGAUAUUGUCGGAUGCAUUUUAGACCUCACUAUACCGGAGAUAAGAUUCACUCUCAAUGGCCAACAAAUCAGUGCAUUCUAUAAAAAUUUUAACAUUGAUGGAUAUUUCUUUCCAGUUAUGUCAUUAUCGGCUAAGGUCAGUUGUCGAUUUAUUUUUGGCAGUUGCCAUGGACUUUUACGAUUUGGGCCACCAUCUGGAUUUAGUCCUCUUGCCGAAGCGAUCAGUGAACAACUCGAGAUCGCUGAAUAUUUUUCAUUUGGUAAACUGGCCAAAAAUAUAUUUUAUGGACCUAGUACAAUGCAUUCAAAUGCCAAACCUUUCGUUCCAACUCCUAUCGAUAUUUCUUCAUCGAUACUGCCGCAUUUUGCAAUGGAGUUUCAUGAAAAACUAGCUGAAAAUCUUCAUGAACUCUGGGCAAUGCGAAAAAUCGAAUUAGGUUGGACUUUUGGAGAGGUUAGAGAUGAAUUACAAAGACAUCAUCCUUGUUUGACAUCGUUUGAUAAACUACCAGUGACAGAAAAGAAUUACAACAUCAAUUUGGCGAUUGAUACAAUGAAGACAAUUGAUGCAUUGGGCUAUAAUAUGGUAGUGGACAAACCACCUACACGUUUGCGGCCCAUUCGACUGCCACAAAAUUAUCAGCAGUCGAAUGGAUUUAAGCCACAACCAUUGGAUUCACAUGAAAUAAGUCUUGAUGAGAAUAUAACUCCACUGAUCGAUGCAUUGGCAAAGAAUACGCAUAAUGUAUGGGCCAAAGAAAAAAUUCAUAGGGGAUGGACAUUUGGACUGAAUGAAUUUGUGGAUUCAAAUCAAAAGCGUAGUCCACAUCUCGUUCCAUAUGAUUUGGUGGAUCAGAGAAUCAAGGAUGCGAACAAAGAAUCUGCUGCUGAGUUCAUCAAAGCUUUACAGCUAUUUGGAAUAUUUCUAGAGCCUCCUGUUCAUGAACAUGAUGAAGGUGCUGAAAAAGAAUUAUUGGCAUCGCGUACGCCAUCACUGAUAUAUCGAGCAGAGGCAACGUAUGCGGUAACGAGUGGAAAAUGGUAUUUCGAGUUCGAAGUCCUGACUUCGGGGUUUAUGAAAGUUGGAUGGAUCGAUAUUGGAGCCCCACCAGAUACAGAUCUCGGACUCGAUGAACGUUCAUACGGUUUUGAUGGGUAUUUAAAAAUAUUGGUUUAUUAA